AGAGCACGAUCCGGGCUGGGCUGAGCGAGGCUCGGGGAUGGUGCCAGCUCCAUCCCCACAGCGGCACCCCCGGGCUGAGCCCGAGCCCUGCGGGGCUCCAGCCUCCCCUCCGAGGGAUGAGCUCCCCCAGGACCCCGGGGAGAAGGUGACCGCGGCUCUCAAUCGCUCCCCGCAGUCCGUGGUCACGCUGGAUGGAGGCAAACUCGUCCACGUGCAGAAGUGGGAGGGGAAGGAGACAUCGCUGGUCCGGGAGCUGAAGGACGGGAAGUUAAUUCUGACUCUCACCAUGGGCAACGUGGUCUCCACCCGCACCUACGAGAAGGCGACAUAGGCGCUGUCCCAGGUCCCCUGGCUGUCACCCGGUGUCACAUCGUCCCCGCCUGGCCCCGUGCCUGGCCCCGUGGGCUCGGAGCCGCUGCCCCGCCGGGGCCGCCCCUGCCCCAGCCCUGCCCGGCUCCAGGGGCUCGGGUGGUGGUUUCGUGCUUUGUUGGUGGGUUCUUUUUUAACUGAUCGUGGGAAAAGUCACAUGGAAAAAAACAAUAAAGGUGUUGUUACAGC